AGUGCUCUGGCUUAGUUUCCCGGUAUCGAAAGAUGAACACGUCGAAAGAUAAAGGUAGGGAUACCACGCAGCACUGUUAAUCCCUUAGACUUGAAUAAACGCCCUUGUUGAGUUUACAUUUGUGUACUUGCACGCUCUCCGAACUGUCAUUUUUUUGCAAGUUGUUGGAAAGAAUUCAGUUUUAGAUUAGCCCUAUUGAUCCCUUUGUCGUGAAUGUGACCUAUGAGUGUGCCGAAGCGGUGGAAAACGGAAUUUAUCUUGACGUUGACGGAUUUUCGCAUUUAAGGCGCAUUGGCACCCACCGACUUCUACCGAUUCCCCCCCUCGGGUUUUUUAGAAAUAAUGUCAGCUGAUAAGGCUGAUGCACCAUUUCCAUAUUCGCGAUUGCGGCUCCACGGGAUGCUGCUGCGGAUUUCGCCGAUGCAGUAUUUUGAUCACCAGGAUGACCGUUGUCGAACGAAAGGCUCGUGUUCUUCAGCUUGCAUUUCUUGGUGAUAUCGUGCUAGAAGAAACCGUCGCGCGCAGAGCCAGAGGCGGAAGCACCACGCACCAAAGCGUGUGCAGAAAAUCUUCAUCGGACCUCCACCAGCCAGAGUGAGGCGUGAUGUUUUUUGGAGGUGGAAACAGGGACAAUGUCCCGGUGCCGGCCGGGAGCAAGCCGAAGGAGCCGCCACCUAGCGUUCGGGACCGGAUACGGGGCGGCAUGCAGCGGCUUAAGGGGGUUUUCGCCGUGCGGGCGCACGUGCAGACCCUGCGGGAAAACUACAAGCAGUACCGCAUCCGGCAGGAGAAGCUGCGGCGCAAGGAGGAGAAGCGACUCGAGCGCGAGGGCCCGCUGACGUGGCAGCAGUACGGGGAAAAUUGGCUUGCGUGGACGAAGAAAAAGCUGGGCAUUAAGGAGUACGUGAACGCCUCCUCGCUGAUGAGCAAGCUGGAUAAGGCGACGAAGAAGCGCGACAAGCUCCGCGGGCUGGUUGUGGAAGAGGACUCGAGCAGCUCGGAGGAGAGCCAGGAUUCGGCCCCGACGCCCACGACCUACCGGCAGGCCAAGCAGGAAAAGGCGAAGCGCAAAAAGGGGCUGCAGGAGCGCGUGGUGGACCUGACCACGAAAAAGCGGAAACCCAAAUUCUGGGAGGCCGACUACCCCAUCUUCAACUACCAGCAGCUGGACCUCACGAAGGAGAUCUGGUGGAUCCGCAUGUUCGACCGGAUUGGGCCCAAAACCCUGUACCUGCUCAACACCGCCUACUGGCGCUUGGGAGACUUUUUCUAUGCGCUCACCUGGAACCGGCAGAACAAGUUCCAGGACCGCCGCCUCUACAUUCUGGCCUUGCAGUUUUGCUGCAGUAUCCAGGUCAGCGCCGCAAUCCUCAACACACUCAACGUCUACUUCGACAUGCGCAACUUUUUCCUUCUCACCACUUUCGCCAACGUGCUACCCUUCAUCUUCGCCUUCUACUCCCUCAUGGUACUAGAGUAGAAAUGCUGAAGAUAUUUCUUGCAGACAAGUCGACUCAAUUUCAGUUCAAUUUCCACAAGCGCGCUCGAGCGUGCUGCUUUCCUGAGUUUUGAAAUUAAUACUUUGCGUCGACGGGCAGAAGUUGCAAUUUGUUUCUUUCUUCAGAGACGAGACACUGACACACAGACGCGAUUUUUACACACAAAACUUCCAUGCCAGGUGUUUCUACCCUGUCCUACGAUGGCGGCACUGGUGUGCAACGCGACGAUGACCGUGAUGCUGCUGAUUUUCACCUUCAUUGCGUCCGGGACAAGCGGAAACAUUUUCGGCACUUUUAUCCAGGCGAUGGCGUUCUGGCCGUUUUUGGCGGCCAUGUCCAUGCUCGCGCGGAUUUUCGUGGGGCAGCCGGACCGGCAGUUCCACCCGCUGAAGCACAUCCCCCUGAUGGCGCUCUUCGGCGCCGCCGCGCAGUACUUUUUGAUUUUGGCGAACAAGGAACUGGAGCUCACGGAUUUCUUGGUCUUCCUGGCGAGCAUCGAUCCCUGGAUGAGCUCCGUGCUGACCCCGAUCAUGGAGCGCACGCGGCUGCCCAUCUAUUUCGGCCUGCUCAAAACCCUCCUCUUCCUGUCGGGUAUCGUGGCGCUGUACUGGAGCCAGCUGCCGUACUCCCCGAUAACGGGGUUCACGUACCUUUUCCUCUCUCGUGCGGUCUACUUCUCGCGGUCGCUGUUUGUGAAGCGGUACAACAUGGUGUUUUUUGAGGCGGAGGCGGUGGACCCCCCAGCCGCGACGGAGAAGGACCUGUUCUUCUUCCCGAAACAGAAGCUAUCAAAUGCAAAAAUGUCUGGGUCUGGAAAUUUGUGAUGCAUGUCAGUGAAAAGAGAGCAUACUGUAAUGCGCCGCCAGGCAUGACAAAUUUAUCCUUGGCUCCCUGUUGCGUAUUCCGCAUGACAAACAGCGUUUUUUACAUGGGUUUCACUGUCCACGGGUGGUGUUGCGGGUUAGCCUGGCGAAAGCCAAAAACCGGCAGAAAAUGGGGCCACGGAAGCGCUCUUGCUGGACAUUGCCAACAUUUGCCCACGCAGAGCCGUCCUCUUGCCGGACACAGCCAACAUCUGUCCGAAACAGCCUAGGGCCAAGACGACACCGUGAGGACGACCACAGGGGGUCCGUCUCAAUGAUGAUGAUGAUGAUGACAGAUAAGAGGAGCUCUUGCUGGUCACGCAAUACAGAGCUCCGCGUCAUGCCCGACUAGCAUGACAAAUGCAAAUUCCGCAUCCUUCCAGACCCAGACAUUUUUACAUUUGAUAGAAGCCGCACAAGUACAUUUUCGACGACAAGCCCUACCCGCUCCCCACCCUGCUGCGCCUAGACGUGGCCUUCCAGAGCGGCCUCUGCGACGACACCUACCACAGCAUCGGCACUGCCGGGACGCGCGACCUUUACAUGCUCACCGACUGGAUGUUCGGCCUACCGCUCAUGGCCAUCGCAACCGUCAUCCACGAGUCCGGCACGGUGUUCUACGGGUACACUUUCGUUAUCUGCCGUACCUAGUGCUAAUAAAUGCGAAUGGCAAGUAGAAGAAGAACGAUAGGACCAUCGGAUCCGGAUGUAGAAGUAGAGGUAGUGCCUCCUAUACAUGCACGACCGAGGGGUUUUUGGGCUUCUUCACUUGCAUUUCUAGAUUUCUUUGGCAGUUGUUCUUGAGCUGAUUCAUUUGGAAAACGAACAAAAAAUGACAAAAUAAAGGUUUUUUCCACCAAUAUUGGGCCCAGUGGGUGGGACGCCGAUGGGCGUGGAGCCCUCGGAGAUGACGACCCCGAUAAAAGACGACAGCACCUACCACGUCAUGAAGUGCCUGGUACUGGUAAUAAUGUACCACAUCUGCAAGUUGUUCGAGCCGGACAUGAUAUCCAAAACUCUGUUCGACCGCGGCAGCAGUCCCAACGACUGGGGCGUGCGUCCCAUCGUGUUUUCGUCCCCGCUGGUGCUGUUGGACCAGCUUUUCCUGAACUCCUCUCUAUCCAACAGCCAGAUCCUGCAGGCCUUCACCGUCUUCUUCGGCUACAACAUGUACCGCAAGGCGCUCUUUCGAAAGUGGAAGCGCAACUACCUACUGCUGACCACCCAGGAGCUGCAGUACUACCAGCCGAACGUGUUUCACACACUGCACCGGAAAACCAUGCUGGAGUUUCUGGACCGGGCGCCGCUCGACGAGUACCAAAUGAUCUUGCUCGAAACGGCCAUGUCACACGGCAUGAACAUCCGCGACCCAACGAAGGACCUCACCAUACGCCCCAACCGCCCGGACCCCGCGGCCACAGCAGCCUGGAAAAUGGCAAUCGGUACUACUGAACAUAUGAUGUUGAUAUAAUUGAUUCGAUAAGAUAACGAGCUCUUCGAAUCGAAAUCGAAUAUCUGUAUUGACUGACCUAUGUAUGUUGAUGGAUCGCCGGAUGUUGCUCGUUUCAGAGCACAAAUGGACCUUCGCUCCGCUUCAACUGCCCAGGUAUGGUUGUGCAUUUGGCGAAGACGCAGAGACAGCUGCGACAGGCUAGGAUCGAGAACAAGCGACAAGACACGAAUUUUUGCGAGCAGAUCUUUCUGGAGUGCGCCGACAAGGCAAUCGACUUUCUUCACCGGCUGCCGACCAACGAGCCGCGCGCGAUCGCGCACUUCAAGCCGAGGGCGCACAAGAUGGUCUUCGCGCGGUUCAAAAAGUUCGUGGAAUGGCGCAAGACGGAGGAGCGGGCGCGGGUAGAGGGCCAGCGGAUGGCGGAUUUCUCGCGCUUCAAGGACGAGCUCUUCACCGAAGCUGCCCACCAGCCGAACUACGUGAUGCAGGGUCGGGUGAUGAUUUUCGGCAGCAACGAGUUCGGGCAGCUGGGGGUGCGCCUGCAGAAGACCGACAUCCGGGAGCCGGGCUACAUGUACCCCCUGUACGCGGUGGACGGGUUCCGGAUCCGCCAGCUGUGCGCGGGACCGCGGUCCAGCUUCUUCGUGACCAACCGCUUCAUGUUUUCCUGCGGCAGCAACCGCGUGGGGGAGCUGGGGCUGAACCCGGCCCUGACCGAGGUGGUGGUGCCCCGCUGCCUCAAGACGAUGCGGACGAACAUCAUCGCGCAAAUGUCUUGCAACGGGGAUGCCGGCGACGUGCAGACCCUGUUUUUGACCAACCAGGGCAAGGUGUACGCGGCCGGGCAGUCCUCGACGGGAGCCCUGUCCAACCUGCCGGAGCAGCAGCGCAGGAAGAUGGAGGAGGACAAGGCGACCACGCUCCAGGGCCCCGUGCAGUUGGACAUGCCCUUCCUGGUGCGGUUCGUUGCCUGCGGGUCGCGACAUUCGCUUUUUCUGGCCUGGGACGGGUCGGUCCACGCCUGCGGGGACAACCGCAAGGGGCAGCUAGGGCAGCCGAUGAAGGUGAAGAAGAGCGCGAAGCCGCUGCUGGUGAAGAACCUGGAGUCGGAGUGCUACCUGCUCGCCACGGGGUCCGACCACACCAUGGUCGCGUUGGAGCGGCACGGGCUCUUUUCCUGGGGCGCCAACGCGUACGGCCAGUGCGGCACCGACGGCGCCAAGGACCUGUUCGCGCCGACCAGGGUGAUCUUCCACGAGCACGAAAUCGGCCGCCCGCACGGCGGCGGCAGCUACUUCCUCAGCCUCGCCUGCGGGGAGCACCACUCCCUGAUCUCCAGCGUGACCAUGUACCGAACCUGGGCGUGCGGAAGCAACUUCAACCAGCAGUGCGGCAUCAUGGACUCGGAGACCGGCAAGCGGCAGGACAUGUACCGGACCGCGACGCUGAUCCCCACACUGGCCAAGAAGUACCCCAUCGUGUCCCUCAUGGCGGCCGGGCAGCACUCCGUGGCGCUGGACCGCGACGGGGCGGUGUACGUGUUCGGCGAUAACUCCUUUGGCCAGCUCGGGUUCGAUGCCCGCUCGCGACCCAAGAUUGCCAAGCCGGAAAUGCUCAACCAGCUCGCCAAGUUUGCGGUCCGCAGCAUCUCCACCGGCGCCACACACACCAUGCUGUUGCUGUAAACGACCAGCGGCAAAAGAUUUACCUUACUAGCGUCGCCGGGGCCGGUGUGGGCGAGGUGGAAGCGGCUAGGCUGGAGCUGUGCGACGUGGUCACCCAGCGGAGCAGAAGCUCUGUGCCGUGUGGGUCGGCCUGGGUUGAGAAAAAUAUCCCAAUCGUUCGUCCGUAUCACCGUCUGCGAACGACGACGAAUCAGCGCAAGGCCAUAUCUUAAUGCCUCCUUGAGUAGGGAAAGAAAUUACCAAUAGUUGCCAUGAUUACGCGAUCGGGAGACACACCGUUGCACUAUUUAUUAAAGAGCAUCAGCAUUCUAGACGAGCACGAGCCACUCUGUUGCUGUACCUGCGAAAAUGAGGACUCCGACCAGGUGCUGCUUCCUAAUUUACGUUUUGUACUUCUACAGGAGCUCUAUGUUAUGUAUGGAGACACUGACGGUCGGCAGUGAUGCUAACGCAUGAACGGCACAUCUCCUGCCAAUCGCACUAGCAUUAUCUGAUGCAGCUGCGGUACUCUCGCCUGGGUUUGUGCAACAGGAAUGUGAGAUCGAUUCGCUAAAAAAUAAUCAUGUUGAAAUAUGUGUCCCUUUCAUACGGAGCUGGUUCGUUCUCGUUCCCUCUCGAGUCAUCUUCGAAGAAUCCAUCGUAACGUUACAAUUAUCACAACGCCGUGAAUCGGGCGCUUCUCGCAGCUCCAUUGUCUGCUGCGUCCUAGGUGCAGGCGAAAGUAGGAGUUUGAAGAAGAGGUUUUUUCGAUGCGCAUCGUCUUGUCGAUUAAAGCGCCCGUGAAACAAGUUAGUGUUAACUGUCAGGUUCCCGAGUACUAUAACAAACUACACGGAAUUUGAUUUAGACGGCGUUUUCACUGACAGCGCUGGUAGUUCUUGCGUGUGAACUUUUUUUCUGCGAGAAGGAAAACAAGCGCUCGGUUCUUUUGCCAGUACCGAACAGAAGCAAAAGAAGGGCAAAUAUAAAGAAUCUCGUUUCCGGAAGGGCGAAUAUUGAACCGAAAAACAGGAUGAAUUGGAGCAGCCCGUGCACGAGUUACGUUGUGGCUUGUGUCUGUCCUCAAGCGACCUGCGUUGUUAGGCUCUGUUGUUUGUAGCUCG